AUGGGCCAGUCUCCCUCGAAGAAGAUGGGCCGCACCCGGUCCAAGGAACUUUCUGCCAAUGAUCUAGCCGAUUCUCUCGCAUCCACCAAGCUGUCCAACGCACCUCGCUACGACGGUUCUGCGAACGAUUCGACCCGCAGCAGCAGAAUUUCCACGAAUGGGCCGCCCCGUAGCCCGGCAGUUGACUCGCCCGCUAUCCGAGCGACUGGCGCGACUCCACCUGACGGCUCGGCACCUGUCUCUCCCACCACUCCCAGCAACCGCAACUUCCUCAACACCUCCCCGCCACCUCCCACUGGCACGUCACCAGCCCGCUCCGGAUCUCCGCUCCCCGGACACCAGCACACCAACUCUGGAUCGUCCUUGACUCCGGGCGAUGCCCUCACUACUACCAUUAGCCGAACCAGCGUCGGGCCGUCGAACGCUUCGGGGCUUGAUGUCGACAGCAUGAUCAGCAGACUACUCGAGGCCGGCUACAGCGGGAAGGUCACCAAGUCGCCUCCUCUCAAGAAUGCGGAAAUCGCAGCCGUCUGCGCCGCUGCGCGCGAGAUCUUCUUGGCGCAGCCCACCCUCAUCGAGCUCAGCCCGCCGGUCAAGAUUGUGGGAGACGUCCACGGCCAGUACGCCGACUUGAUUCGCAUGUUCGAGAUGUGCGGCUUCCCUCCCCAGGCCAACUAUCUUUUCCUGGGCGACUACGUUGACCGUGGAAAGCAGUCGCUCGAAACGAUCCUGCUGCUGCUGUGCUACAAGAUCAAGUACCCCGAGAACUUCUUCCUUCUUCGCGGUAACCACGAAUGCGCCAACGUUACCCGCGUGUACGGCUUUUACGACGAGUGCAAGCGCCGCACGAACAUUAAGACAUGGAAGACGUUCAUCGAUGUCUUCAACGCGCUGCCCAUUGCCUCGAUCGUCGCGAGCAAGAUCUUCUGUGUUCACGGUGGUCUCUCGCCGAGCCUGCAGUCAAUGGACGACAUCCGACGGAUCCAGCGUCCGACCGACGUGCCCGACUACGGUCUGCUCAACGACCUGGUGUGGUCCGACCCGUCGGACACGGCGCUUGACUGGGAGGACAAUGAGCGUGGAGUGUCCUUCUGUUACGGCAAGAGCGUCAUCAACGCCUUCCUGGCUACACACGACAUGGACCUCAUUUGCCGUGCACACAUGGUUGUGGAGGACGGAUACGAGUUCUACAACGACCGGACACUCGUUACGGUGUUCUCUGCGCCCAACUACUGUGGAGAGUUCGACAACUUUGGUGCGGUCAUGUCGGUCUCGGAAGACCUGCUCUGCUCCUUUGAGCUUCUCAAGCCCCUGGACGGGGCUGCGCUCAAGAAGGAAAUGACCAAGGCGAAGCGAAAGAGGUAA